AUGUGGUUGAGAGAACCACCGUGUUGUUCCAAGAUCAACCACCCCUGUCCGUCAGAGACUUUGUUAGUGAAGGCAUACUUCCACUAUAUUUUCAUCCACCACAUCCCCAUACACUUGUUAGAUAAACUAGAGAUGUUUUCAGAUGAAAUCGAAGUUUCUUUCCAUAUUUACCACAAACACAGUCUUGGUAGAUCUCACGGAAUAUUUCAACACAGCCAACAGAAUUGCAAAAGAUACCUUGGUCAAGGCUCAUUAACUUUUGAUGGAAGAAUAGCUACAAAAUUAAACUUCCUUGGUGAAUGGUUCCAUGAUGCUGAUAGUUGUAUACGAAGUGAGACAUGUGAUACAGUUGAGCAAGUGUCUCCGGAUUCAGAAAUCACGAAACUCUUGAGUAACAUGAUCACCUCUAAGGGCACGCUUAACGUGGUUAUUGAUGCCACUCUUCAAUUUAGUUACAAUGACUUGCUCUUUGGCACAAAUAUGGGGCUACAUCUCUAUAGUUUAAGAUGUGCCGUAAACAAUUUAUGUCAAAUUCCAUAUCAAAAUAGGGAUGCUCAUUCUACCUCUAUCACUGCCAUUACUACCAUUACUACCUUUAAUUCAGUUUCUACUAUUUUGACUCAGUUUGAUUCUUUUAAUGUCAUUGAAGAUGGGAUCGAAUCGAUCAAAUGCACGAACACCAGCCUAUUCGAACAGCACAAAUUUUCAGAAUCUAGCUUUCCUCAACCAGUAAUUAAGAAGGAUGGACAGGGUCGAUCACAACUAACAGAUAUUUCAGAGAAAUAUGCCACCCAAGAAGUUGAAGUUAACAAUCAAGAUGUCAAAAUUGCCAAUCUUUUUGCUUUCCUGGAUCAAGUUGUUAGCAUUAUAGGGAUAGACGAAUUUGAAUUUUACAGUCAAAGUGCAGAAGAGCAAUUACUUCGUUAUGAGUUGUGCAAAUAUGCAACCGGUGGUGAUAUUUCAGAACUUGUAGAGACAACUGAAGAAGAAGUAUCAUCUGAAGAAAACAGAACCCUGGAUGAAUCCUUUCAAAUCUUGAAUUCUCCUAGAGAACGGCAGCUCUCUAUCAGGUACAAUACUGGUUGCGGUUUCAACUCAGAGUAUCAAUACCCUGUAGUCGUUGAUGAGUUGUCUGGAGUAGAAUACAGUUGUAAUGUUUGGGGCGAUCCCGAAGAAAGAGUUCCUUACGGGUAUCAAAGACCCAUUCCAAGUUCCAUCACUGCAUUGCCUUCUAAAUCAAUUCUUCGGAAGAAAUGUAGAGACCUGAAAGCUACAUCCUCAACUAAAUACUCCAACAACCAGGUGACAUUGAAAUGUCUUCUCAACGCAAACUUAGAGGGACUCCGGCAGCAAUCUCUUGCAAGACUUACCAUAAAAGAUUCAGAAGAACACUUGUUGAGACCAAGUGAGUCUAGAAGCGGAGGAUGGCUAACUAGACGGUGCCAUGUCUUCGAUAACUACGUCCCACUAUACCGCAGACCAUUAGAGCAGUAUAAUCACACUAUCUCACAAACUGAGGCUUCUACGUCUAAUCCUACUACAACUACGGCUGCCGCUGCUGUUACUUCCACGAACAAUCUAAGCAACAACCCUCAUGACUUACCAACUUCUGCAGAGUUUUGGGAACAGAUUUACUCAGAAAGCGACAUUCAAGAGAACAAGUCAUGCCCACCAUCAUCAGCAGAGUUUUGGGAAUCCAUUUGUUCUCCACCCCCAUCUGCUGAAAUUCGGUUCAGAGUUGCACCGGCCGAACAGGAAGAAAAUGGUGUCACCAGUCGAUCCCACUCUUCAGUAUCGAAUUCUGCAGGUGGCUUAUAG